GGAUUGGGAUUUGUUAUUAUAUCUUUGACGGCCUGUUUCUCUAGAGUUUGUAAUAUCCCUUAUCACUUACCACCUCCUCUUUCUUAUAUUUCUACAGAUAUCUUAUUAUAUCAGGUAUUAUAUAUACAUAUAUAUAGAGACAUAUAUCCUACACUCACACACCAACUAACCGCUCACCCAAUUGCAAACCCCGUAUCACCACACCACCACACCACCACACGCAAUCCCUCUUCACCUUCCUCCUCCCUCAAAAAGAAGGAAAAUGCAACCAUCCAUCCCCCAAACCGUAGACAUAAUCUUCGCCGGCGGCGGCACGGCCGCCUGCGUAGCAGCCGGUCGACUCGCCAAAGCAAACCCAGCUCUACGAAUCCUACUCGUGGAAGGCGGGAGGAACAAUUUCGAAGAUCCGAGUGUGGUGACACCGGUUUUGUUUUUGAGUCAUUUGGCUCCGGGGAGUAAGACGGCUUUGGUUUGUUGAUCCUUUUAUUUUAUGUUUUUCUUUAUGUUUUCCUGUGUUUUUCGAGGGUAGAGAGCUCUGUGGGCUCUGGGGGAUUUGACUGAGUGAGGGGAGAAUGAAUGGGGUGAAUGGGAUAUAGUUUGGUAUCGAGACCGAGAUUGAGAUCAAUAUUGAUAUAUAUGAAUAAACUAGUUCUACAAAUCCCAACCCUCCCCCCACCUAAACAACCGCGAAGCCAUCGUUCCCGCCGGCGGACUCCUCGGCGGCGGUUCCUCGAUAAAUUUCCUCAUGUACACACGCGCUCAAUCCAUCGAUUUCGAUUCCUGGAAUACCCCCGGAUGGAGCGCAAAAGAUAUGUUGGAAAUGUGGAAGAAGCUCGAAACGUAUCAUCCGGAGGGAGAAGUAGAUAGGAAGAAACAUGGAUAUGAGGGACCUGUUCAUGUGAGUGAUGGUGGUUAUAGGGGGAAGAGUGGUGAUGUGUUUUUGGAGACGGUGAAGAAGAUGGGUCAUGAUGAGAUUGCGGAUUUGCAGGAUGGGGAGACUUGUGGGUGGGGGGUGAGUUAUUCUUUUUUUUCUUUUUCUGUUACUUUACUUUACUGUUCUUUUCCUGUUCAUGUCUUUCCUCGUUGAAGAAACUAAUCUUUCAAUAGAAAUGGCGUCGCUACGUUUCUCUUAACGGUCGUCGCCAAGAUUCAGCACACACCUAUGUUCACCCUCUUCUCCAAUCCGGCUCCUACCCUAAUCUUCACAUCCUCACCGAAUCAAAAGUCGUACGUGUACUUUUUGAUUCCUCGUCGCCUCCUCGUGCAAUUGGUAUAGAAUACAUACCCAAUUCUGAUUUUCAGCCCGCUCUCGCACUGAGUAAAGCGAUUCCGCACACGAUUACUGCAGAAAAGUUGGUGGUUGUGAGUGCAGGCGCAUUGGGGACCCCGCAAAUUUUGGAGAGGAGUGGAGUGGGUAGGAAGGAUGUGUUAGAAAGGUGUGGAGUGAAGGUUGUGAGUGAAGUGGAGGGGGUAGGCGAGGCGUAUCAGGGUGAGUAGAUUUUAUUUACUUUUGUGUUAUGAGAAGAUUGGCUAAUUCCACUUGGUGAAUAGAUCAUCAUUUGCUUCUGUACCCCUACAAAACAUCACUCGAUGAAUCCGAAACCAUCGACUGCGUCUUAAGCGGAAGAAAAAACUUUGCUCAAGCACUUGAAGCCAAAGAUCCUCAACUAGGUUGGAAUGCAGUCGGUAAGUCCAAUCCCACCCACUUCCUACUUCCCAUCAGACACUAACACGUGCCCCAGACGUCUGCAGUAAACUCCGACCUUCCCCCUCGGAAAUCCAAGCUCUAGGUCCCGACUUCGUCGCAGACUGGGAGCGAGACUUUGCCCCUCACCCCACCAAACCACUCAUGCUCUGCGCCGUCGCCAACACCUUCCUCGGAGACCAAUCACUCGUCGAUCCAGGUCAGUAUUUCACCAUGGGAACCUACACCGCAUACCCAUAUUCACGAGGAUCCAUCCACAUCACCUCAUCAAGCGACGUGCAAAACGGGUAUGAAUUCGACGCGGGAUUUUUAUCGCAUCCGAGCGAUUUGAAGAAACAGCUAUGGGCCUACAAAAUGCAACGGGAAAUUUCUAGACGUCUUCCAUAUUUCCGAGGCGAGUUAGAGCUCGGUCAUCCGAAGUUCCCCAAGGGUUCUAAAGCUGCGUUCUCUAAUGGGGCAAUUGAGGGGACCGUUGAGGAUAUUCAAUAUAGUGCUGAAGAUGACAUGGCGAUUGAAGAUUGGAUUCGAGGAAAUUUAAAUACGACAUGGCACUCGCUAGGAACAUGUGCGAUGAAGCCGAGAGAGAAAGGAGGAGUAGUUGAUGCGGCGUUGAAUGUGUAUGGGACGAGUGGAUUGAAGGUUUGUGAUUUGAGUAUGGUGCCGGAGAAUGUGGGGGCUAAUACUAAUAAUACGGCUUUGGCGGUGGGAGAGAAAGCGGCGGUUAUUAUUGGGAAGGAGUUGGGGAUUGAGAUUUAGAGUAUGGAUGUAUGAUGGGUUGGAGAUUGAAGUAUAGGCGUUGGACACGGGUACCUACUUGGUUGGGAAUCGGAAUUGAAAGUUGGAUGGUAUAGGGACAGGGGCUUGCUUUAUGGCAUUUGUAUUAUGAUUUAGAAGUUAUUAUGGUUGAGAAGAUUUAUAUUAUGUUA